GUGGUUUGCGGAGGCCCAGGCGAUACUGCGACAGAGGGGUGAGUCCACUCUGUCGAGUCCUGCGAUACCUCAACUCCAGUAGCGAGAGAGGCAAAACGCGAUGAAGAUGUCGGGAAGCCGACCACUGAGGAGGGCGCAAGUGUACAUUGCAUCGUGGCUAGGAGGCACCGCGAGGAUGCGAGGCGUCGAGGGAGGACUCAGCACGACGCUGGUGGGAAAGCUCAUCGUAGUGGCGGUCAAGGACGGCCGUGUAAGGGCACAGCGAGGAGGUAUGAACGUCCUGGCGGCAACACAAACACCCACGCCGACCCAAAAUGGCCGCGUGCUCCUCAAUGGAAAGGACACCGCGGGGAGGGACAAAGCUCUGAGGGGGGUCCUGUUGAGGGACCUCGGGGGGUCACGCACCAGCAUGACCAGAGCGACUGCGUGCCCGAGAGAGGGUGGAGAGGGCAACUUGGAGGCGCUCGACUAUAGGGAGGGUAGAGUCCUCCAAGUGGUAGUGGACAGCCUCGCAGAGGUCGGGUUCGUCGUUGUGGUCACCCUCAGGCGACAGCGGGCCAACAGCGUCCUGCUCACCAUACUUGAGCGUUCUGAAGCGGCGCGAGAAGUGGCGGCCCUGUUGUACGGAACGACGGGGACGACCGUGGAAAGUGGAACGGUGCUGGAAAGUGUAGUGAGAGAAGGAGGGAGCGUAACCAGUACGCUGAGGCUGGGAGGAGGAAGUGGGUUGAAGAUGGGCCCGCGUCCGUUGAUGGGCCCUGGCGCCUCCGGCUUGGAAGGAUUCAAGAUCUAUUAUGGCAAUCUGACAGACAUAAUGUCCCUGGAAAUUUCGGCCCUUCAUGGACAUGUGUUUUUCGACAAAGAGCAGUUUGAGCUUUGGGAAGGGGUCAGUGUGCUGAAUUUAAGCAACAGUGGCCGAGACUACCAAUCCCCAAUUAAGAGUCUGCAAAUGGAGCAGGAAAACAGAACACUUGUCUUUCGGGGGAAUAUUCUUGCUGUCGGCAGCGCAUUGGGGGCAAUCCGCUACAUAAGGAACCAGUUGGCAAAAGAGGCCAACAUCAAUAUGCACAACUUUCCUUCGUUCAGCAAGGUGGCCCUAGACCUAGAAGCAAAGAUAGGGCAUGGACAAACACCCACUACGGACGGGAGGAAGAAGACACUGCCUCCCAACUGGAAGGCGAAGGGUCGCAUCAUGUUUGUCGACAACGAUGGUUCAACCAUYRAGUUGGACGGCAACUUCCARGAGRGAGUAGGUGCAGAGGCAGGUGGCGAUACUUCAAAGGGUGGAGUAGUCGCCGCCGUAACCCAACAAAAAGAAGGGUUGGAGGUGGUCGGCUAUGGUGGACGGGUGUGGGUGAUGGAGAAGGAAGAAGGGUUCGAGGUGGUCGGCCAUGGUGGACGGGUGUGGGUGAUGGAGGAUGAAGAAGAGUUGGAGGUGGUCGGCUAUGGUGGACGGGUGUGGGUGAUGGAGGAGGAAGAAGAGUUGGAGGUGGUCGGCUAUGGUGGACGGGUGUGGGUGAUGGAGGAGGAAGAAGAGUUGGAGGUGGUCGGCUAUGGUGGACGGGCGUGGGUGACGGAGGAGGAAGAAGGGUUGAGGUGGUCCGGCUAUGGUGGACGGGUGUGGGUGAUGGAAGAAGAAGAAGGGUUGAAGGUGGUCGGCUAUGGUGGACGAGUGUGCGUAAUGGAGGAAGAAGAAGUGUUGGAGGUGGUUGGCUAUGGUGGAGGGGUGUAGGUGAUGGAGGAAGAAGAAGGGUUGGGGGUGGUCGGCUAUGGUGGACG